AUGCCACGCCUAACCUUCUUCCACCUCUUCUACUCAACAACCUUCACCUUCCUCUCACUGAUCCUCCUCGCUUUGGUCCUCGUCCCCCUCGGGGACACGAUCCAGCAAUCGCAGCGGCUCCCCACACACGCGCGACUAGCCAACAUCUUCGUGAUCUCAGGCAGCUACCUUCUGACAGGCGUGCUGGGGGCCGUCCUCUACACGGCGCGCAUGUACACGUUCCGGCGGCUCCUCGCCGCGAUCCCUCAGAGCGUGCCGCCCGUGUCGCGGCGAGACCUGCCGAAACGUAUGCAUGCCGUCGUCACGCGGGGGAUUGCCAGGAGUGCGAUGGUCGCCAGGGGCGCUAGGCCGUGUAUGCCCACUGGCGGGGAGGGGGAAGGGGAGAAGGUCUGGGGCGCGCUGAACCAUCCCGGCUGGGCGCCGCCGGGCGGCGAGCUGCGCGGCGUGGAGUAUGCGGCGCUUGUGGCGGAGCUGCCGGCGCUGCUGGAGCGCGAGGCCGCGGAGUUGGUGGUGCACGGAGGGGACGUGGAUCCGAGGGUUGUGAGCAGGCCGCCAACGGCUACGCUUAGGGCCUGGCUCGAGGGACUGGUAGCCAUGGAACUCGCCCCAAGGGACGAGAGUGAGCUUUUCGUGGCGCUGUAUGAGCGUGCGAGGUUCCGCACCCGUGGCAAGGGCGUUGAGGAGAGCGAGUUCCGUGCGCUGAUGAAGGCGCUGAGGGCGCUGAGGGCCGGGAUGUGCGCGAGUCCGCCGCCGACGGCGCAGGAGAUCCAGCAGCAGGACCAGCCAGGGUGGGAGUAUCUCGACGGCGGAAGGGAGUAUGAGGGCUCGGUGCGGGUCGACCGCGACCGCAGCAGUCGCGGAUAUUUGUUUGAGGCGGCGGCAGGGUAUGGCGGGUACGAAACGGUGUCGAGCGAGGAGUACGGGUUCGUCUCGUAUGACGCCGGCGCUGGCAGCGGGAUUGCCAGUGGCGGGUAUACGCCUGACAGAUCCGACGCCGGGAGCAGAUAUCUCCCCUCAAGGGCUAGAACGGCGUCGGGCGCUACUAUCAUCACCCAGCCGAGACGCAGGUCUGGGUAUGCGACUAGCAGCAUCGCGGCUUCGUCGGUGAUACGAGGCAGUGGCGCUGGUGGUGACGAUGGAGAUAGUGUCAGUAUCGAGUUUGAUAGAUCCCGAGAUCGAGAUCGGCGGUUAAGCGUGCGGCCGUCGUCGGCCGUCGAAAUGCAACUAAUCAUGUCCCUCAUGUUCAUCCUGUCCAUCAUCCUCCUCCUUGCCGACUUCCCAUAG